CUUCACCUCCUCGAUCCGUUUGGCCUCACGCGGCACUCCUCUCAUCUUUAGCCCCUCUGCUCUCUGCUGUGGCUCUCCCACAGUAAGUGAGAAGCAGAAAUGGAGGAAGAGCACUACAGAUAGAGGGAAACAGUGAGCUUCAGGUUGACUCAGACCAGGAGUGAAUCACACAGCAGAGCAGGUAGAGGCCUGACAGGCAGUCAGUUAGGAGGCUGCUGGGGAUUUCCAUGUUUAGAUCCUGCUGACUGCUAGUGCUGCUGUUCCCAGUCUCCUGAGAGAUCGAGCCGGACCCCUCCCCCUUAUUCCUCUAACCUGCUCAACUGUUUUCAAGUGGACAACAUUAAAAGAUACCAGCUCUCUGCAGACUGUAUCUGCUGAAACACACCAUGCAGAGGAGUCCCCACUCAGCUGAUACAGCUGCUCAGCAGCAAAGAAGUCAAUUAAGCAACCGACACAAUCACCAGACCCAAGUUCACUUUUUUUUCCAAACUAAAAGCUCUGUUAAUCAAUUUGAUGAAAAGCUUUGCAACAAAUCAAAGAUCCUUUUAGUUUUAAGACAAAUUCCCAAACAGGAAGUGAUUCUAUGAGCCGUUAACAAGACUCAAAAUGAAGGAGACAGUUUUUCUUGCUUAUUCAAUGUUUUAUUGCCGCCUUAUAUUCUUGCUUGAUCUCAUCAGAAUGCUCAGAAACAUUUUUCUUUAAUCCCCAAGGCCACAGCGAUGCAUAUCACAGCAGUUAAGUUUAGCAAAGCAGUGCACAAAUAGAACCAGCAUUAUUUUAGGCAUCAUGGAGGUAACUUAAAUGGUAGUUUAGAGUUUGAUAAGUCUUCAUAUUAGAGGUUUUACAGUGAUCUGAAAACAAACGUAACCUUACGUCAAACUCCCAAGUGUGUCCCUCCAGCCAAACAGAAAUCUGUAUUUUCAGACAUGACGUGGUGCAAACUUUCUCAGUCCAUUCAUUAUCCAAGCAGCUGGGUUGCAUAGUUAUCAGGUUGCAAGAGGACAUACUGCAAAAUGAUUUCGAGCUGAGUCAGAAAUAGUGCAACUUCCGACGCUGCUUGCGUGCUCUUGUCCAGGCAGCAGGACAAGUUUCCAUGGCAGGUUGAGUCUAUGGGAAACUCUAAAAGUAGUUCAACUCUCCCAGCUGCCCCCAGCAACUCAACACUGACACACACUCACAUGCACUUGCUGUACAGGCAGUUAAACUAAAGACUAGAACCAAGGUUUUCAUGUGACAUGCCUGUGCGCGUGUGUGUGUGUGUGUGUGUGUGUAGGAGUGAAGCUGGGUCAUCUAAUAGUUUCAAAGCCCUUGGAUGCCAUGAGCAGCUGGACCCCAAGGACAGCCUGGACUCCGAGGACCCCAGAGAAUACUGUUAUGGUGGGUACCACCCUGUCCAGAUCGGCGACACCCUCAACAGAAGGUAUCAGGUGGUGUCUAAGCUCGGCUGGGGCUAUUUCUCCACUGUCUGGAUGUGUCUGGACCUCAGGCUUGGUCGACACGUAGCUGUGAAGGUGCUGAAGAGCGGAGCAGGCUUCACCCAGGCGGGACAGGAUGAGCUGGCUCUCCUACGAUAUGCCUGUGGUCCUUCGAGCUGUCAUCCCUCCAGGCCAAGGAUAGUUCAGCUGCUCGAUGACUUCAAGCUGGCUGGGGUCAACGGGAUCCACAUGUGCCUGGUGCUGGAGCUUCUGGGGCCUGACCUGAGAUGCUGGCAGCUAUGUUUUGGGGAUCCAGGACUGUCACGACUGUGGGUCAAACAAAUUCUUACUCAGGUUCUGCAAGGCCUGGACUACCUGCACACUCGAUGUAAAAUCAUCCACACUGACAUCAAGCCAGAGAACAUCAUGCUGUGCCUGGAGGAGCAGUCUCACAACGCACCAGCAGGGGCCAGUAGCUCCUCCUCUCUACUGACUGGGAAGGAGUCUUCCUCCAAGUCAACAGAGAAGGAGCCUGUGAACCCUUCCAGCUUGAAGGAAAUUAAAGUGAAGAUUGCUGACCUGGGCAGCUCCUGCUGGGUGUACAAACAUUUCUGUGAAGAAAUCCAGACGCGACAGUAUCGCUCACUAGAGGUUUUACUGGGAUCUGAGUAUGGUCCGCCUGCUGACAUCUGGAGUGUUGCCUGCACGGCCUUUGAGUUUGUCACUGGAGACUCGCUGUUUGAACCCAAAGCCCGCGAGUCCAUUUCCCUGGAGGAAGACCACAUAGCCCAGAUCACGGAGCUCCUGGGUAAAAUCCCACCAGCUGUUGCCUUGUCGGGCAAAUACUCAGCAGAUUACUUCGGGCGCAGAGGUGACCUGCGUCGUGUCGGUCCGCUGAGGCUCUGGAGCCUUUAUGAGGUUCUCGUGGAAAAAUACCAUUUCCGGUUGGAGGAGGCCCAUGGUUUCUCUGAAUUCCUUCUUCCCAUGUUGGAUUAUCAUCCCGAAAAGAGGGCCACUGCUGCACAGUGCCUUCACCACCCCUGGCUGACCUCCUGAUAGCCCAGUGGAAGGCCAUCAUGUGGGCCUCAUCCCCAUCCACAGUCCUCACAGCCAGAUGCUGUCAAGAGCAAGAACUGGAUAGUUUUAGGGCACCAUUGAAUGUUUAGAAGACACUUUGUCCGUUGCUUUGGUAUAUGAAUUCCUGCUGUUGUCCUUACUAAGCACCAGGGAAGGAAUAAUAAUAAGGAAUAAGGAAUAAGGAAUAAGAUUCUCCUCUCCAGUGAAGCCCUGCUACGCACUAUACUUAUAGAUCUUUUCUUGUUGUUUAUUGUUGGACCUUAUUGAGUCCAAUAAGUAGAAGCUCUUAUGACACUGUGAGCCAGUGUGAGAAUGUCAGUUUGAUGCAAACCUUGAGUGCAGCUACUGUAUUAUUCAGUCAAAUUGAAUGUCAUCAAAAAUAAUUAGAGAAUGACACUGUGAUUAGAUUUGUUUUUUUUGUUUAUCUUUUGUAAAGUGUAAUAAUCAGCUUUAAUGAAUAUAUACAGAAUAAUUGCAGCGCAGGUAGAAGUCUAUUGUAAAUCUAUUUUAUUGAUAUGAACCCAGAUCAAAACUGUUGUUAGUGAAAACAUUUUUAUUAGAGGGAUUUAAAAUGUGUGCAAGCACAAACUAAGGCUGUCAUAAUAAAUACUUCCUCAGAAUGUUUUAUUUAAGAAAAUAAAGUAUCACUAAAUAUUCCGUAAAGGGAUAAAGGAUCAAACAUGUUGUGUCAGGGCGCCUCCUGCUGCCUUAAGAACAAAACUCCUGAUCAUAUUUGAAACCUGAUUGAAGCUGAAGAGAUCAAAAUGUUUUCUGGUCUGUUUUGUGCUCCUCUUAUUUUCUCUCAUGCAGAAAACCUUCAUCUUCCGUGUCUCUUGCUCCAAUAAUCAAUGGGGAGGAAUCCUUCACUCUGUUUUAAAUAUUUAAUGCUGCACUUAACAAAAGUUUCAUGUAAACAAUGGAUGAAAUGACAUGUGUUGUGAGAGGUGGUCACUCAAUCCAUACAGAUAUGUUUAAGCCCUUAGGCUGGUGCUGACUAACACGUUAAAAAAUAAAAACGACUUUAUGGAAAACGUU